UAGAAACCAUCAAAAUUACACUCCCACCCAAAUUAAGCUUGCUCUAUUUUUAGCAAGGAAAGUGAACAAAUUAAUGGACUCCUUCAAAGUGGAGAAUAAAAGUAACAUUCUUAGGUACAAAACUCUCUUUCAUUUCAUCGAGCUGUUCAUUUUCUUGGUCAUAAUCUCAAGAUUUUCAACUCAACUUCCAUUAACUUUUAAGCUAUGUAUAGAAUAUUUCAAAGCACUAUUCAUAAUCCUCAUUAGUCCCAUAUUCAUCUUUGUUCUUGGAAAUGCAAUUGUCAUCAUCUUAUUCUUAAUAAAAUCUUGUCAUUUAUCAACUAAAGAAUAUGGUUCAAUAGUCAACGACCCUAAAGUUUUCAGACCCCACUUAUGGAAUUAUACUAAAUUUGUUGUUACGGUCAAAGAUCCUAAAGACGAGUUAUAUAAGGAUAGCAUCUGCAUUUCCUCAGGUAGAGAAGUAGAAAGGAAAAUCUGUAGGAGCCAAUCAGAGAACUAUACGAGGAAUUUAUCUUAUGCCGAGGAGCGGCCUAAUAAUAGGGUAUUGAGGCGGUCGGCGACGAUAGCAUGCCGGAGAUACGGCGAGAAACCGGCGGCGGAGAUGAGUAGUGAAGAGUUCAGACAUACAGUGGAGGCGUUCAUUGCUAGGCAGCAAAGAUUUUUGAGGGAAGAAGAGUCUUCAGCUAUUGUUUUUUCUGAAGCAUAGCUUUUUUGUUCUCUUUAAUUUUCCUUAAUUAAGAAAAAGAAUUUAACUUUCCUUGUUAGUGAACUAAAACAUAGAACAUAGGUACUCUUCGAUAUAACAAGGACGAGACGACGUGACAUACUAUGAUCACGUACAAAAGUGAUGUUCUUUCUCUCGGUAAUAUGGAACCUCGCCCUUGAUUGACACAGGUAUAGGUGUCAAUGGAUCGCUUUUACUAAUAGAGCAUUUUCCCAUGUGCACAUACAAAAAUUUCCACUUUCAAUAAUAUACGUCGACAUUUGUAUUGAAGUAGCAUAGAGUUUCGCUUUGAAGCCGGCAAAUUGUAAAAUAAUGGA